AUGUUUGGUUUGUUUGCGGUGGCGUCGAUGAGGAUCAGUUUAGGGAUGGCGAUCACUUGCAUGGUUAAUUCUACAGCUUUUGUACGACCUAGUGAAGUCAGAAUUUCCGAAAUCUCUUCAAACUUCACCGCUGAGUAUCCGAAAUGCUAUCGACCUGUAGAUGCCAGUGAAGCAAAAAGAGAUGGAUAUGGAGGCCACCUACUUUGGAGCCCUUCAAUGCAAGGGCUCUUAUUCUCGGCGAGUUUCUGGGGCGGAUUGAUGACAACAGUCUUUUCUGGAUAUCUUGCUGAUCGUUUUGGGCCGAAAAUGAUUGUCAUGUUUGCGGUGAUUGAUAUGUCGAUAAUGUCGGCACUUGGUCCCUUUCUCGCCGAGCAGACCUAUUGGGCCUACUUUGGGACGAGGGUUGUGCUGGGAAUGGGAGAGGGCUUUGUAAUUCCUUGUCUGAAUAGCUUGGCAGUUCGCUGGUUUCCACCAAACGAAAAGUCGACACUUGGAGCCAUUUAUACAACAGGAAAUCAGAUAGCAGCCAGUUUGACCUCUGUCCUCGUCGCCGUUCUUUGCACUUCUCCCCUCGGCUGGCCUGCCAUAUUUUACAUACACGGAAUCUAUGGCAUAAUUUGGUCAAUUAUUUGGAAAGUUUUUGUUUCUAAUACGCCAAGCAAAAACAAAUGGAUCUCGAAAGAUGAAGAGGAAUUCAUUGAACGAAAAUUGGCAACAAAGAAGCAAUCGAUGACUUUUAAUCAGAAUAAAGUUCCUUGGCGAAAACUUGUGUUCGGAAAGGUUCCCGGUGCCGUUUAUGGAUGUCAAUUCGCGUUCAACUUCUCGAUCACUCUUUUGCAAGCUUUUCUUCCUACAUAUCUCAAGGAUCAUUUGCUACUGCCAAUUCAUCUCAACGGUAUCUACACAAUGAUCCCGUUUGUAGCUCAAUUUGUCCUCAAAAUCCCAUUGGCGAUGCUCUCCGAUUUUCUCAAGCAGAGAAAUCUCGUUGAUUCGAAUAAAGCUGUGAAAAUUUUUCAGGGAAUCGGUUCUUUUGGCAUUGCUCUUUCAAUCCUGGCAUUGGCUACAAUUCCCUCAUGCGAACGACCGUAUUUAGCAUUGCCGAUUUUGACGGCAAUUGGUCUCUCAUUCUCUUGCGCGAUUCCCGGUUUCUUCACUUCAACUCUUUCAAUCGCUCCUCCUUACACAGGCACAAUGUCCUCAAUUGGAAGAGCUUAUUCAACUUUUGCGAACAUUUUUGGAUCACUUCUAGUUUCAUUAAUUGAAUACAUGAAUUGGCCUCACAAAUGGAUUAUCAUCUUUUCUCUUGCAUCUCUGUUACACGUUUUAUCAGGAGUUAACUUUGUGCUGAAUGGGCAAGCAAAAGUUCAAUCAUGGGUCUAUCGAUCGUCCGAUGAAAAAGGAAGCAUUGAAAAAGAUAUUCCAGACAUUACAAAAUGGGAAAAGGGCCAAUCAGCG